AGUGGAAGGCAGGAGCUGAACACGGCAUCAUGGGGGGCCGACAAAUGGGAUUAGUUUUCACCAGCCCUAGCAUUAACUCGCUGUUAGUGUUAGUGCCCCUCUUUCCCGGGAUUCGUGCUCGCUGAUGAACUCAUUAAGAAGGCCAUUAGACAAGUCGUCAGUGGAUGAGAGAGGUGCUGAGAGGGAGGAUCGCUCAUCUUCCCUGCCUCCGUAGUCCGUACUCCUGCAGAGCUCCAGCUCCAGCUCCGCCGUAAACAACAGCAAGAAAACAACCGGACGGUCCUUUGCCGGCCCAUCCAUUCAUCAUCAUCAUCACCAGGCCGGCCAGCCAGCCCGGCAUCCAAUCCGCGUCGCAUCUGCAGCCGCCUGCGCUUCCCUGCUCUGCUCUGGACGCCGCAGGGCCUCUGACUCUGACGGCGCGCCGCCGAUCCCGGUGCGCGCCGCUGUCGGCUGCCACAUCCUCUCUUCGGGGGAGCAGGAGCAUGGGGGUUUGCCUCCGCCGCCGCCUCUGCCUAGGAGGCGGCACGCGCACCCUGCCGUUCGUGAGGAGGUUCACGCCCAGGGAGAUCGAGGCGGCCACCAAAGGCUUCACCGCGGUGCUCGAGGCCGGCGGGCCCCGCGGCGCGGCGACGGCGUACAGGGCGCGGUUCGCCGGCGGCCUCGUCGCCACCGUCAGGCGCGCCGCCGGCUCCGGCCGCUCCCGGGACGACGAGCAGCAGGGGAGCGGCGGCGGGAAGGCCGCCUUCUACCUGGAGCUGCAGCUGCUGGCGCGCCUCAACCACCGCCACGUCGUCAGGCUCCGCGGCUUCGCCGAGGCCCACCACGCCAGGUUCCUGGUCUUCGAUCACAUGGAGAACAGGAGCCUGAAAGAGUGCCUCCACGAUCCUCUCAGGACGCCGUUGGACUGGCGGACAAGGUUGCAGGUCGCCAUUGAUAUUGCAGCAGCACUGGAAUACCUCUACUACUUCUGCGAUCCCCCGGUGUUCCAUGUGGCCGUCAACUCCGGCAACGUGCUCAUGGACGCCAACUUCGUCGCCAAGCUAUCCGACGUGAGUGUGAUCAGCCACGACAUGAAGCUCCCAACAACAGAAUCCUUCCAAGACCAGGUUGAGGAGAGGCGGGCGGGGCUGGUGUUCCAGUACGGCGUGCUGGUGCUGGAGCUGGUGACGGGGCAGUCCCCCGGCGGCGACGGCGAGCUCGUGCGGUGGGUGCAGGAGCCCGGGUUCGCCGGCUCCAUGCACAGGAUGGUGGACGCCGACCUCGGCGGCGUCUACGACGCCAGGGAGCUCAGGGACCUCGUCAUCGUCGCGAGGCUCUGCACCAGGCACGGGCACGGUGGCGACGACGGUGGCGCCGUCGUCUCCAUUCCCCAGAUCGUCAGGUACUUGCAGGGGAAGGUCGAGCGGCUUGGGGUCGAAGCCAGUUGCGGAUAAUCUGCGCAGCCGGCUGCGCAGUACUACCUGCGUCUUUCUGCAUCAUCUUUGUUGUGAUUUCGUCAUUACUUGUAGAGAAGUGCUUGAUGUUUUUUUUGGGUGAUAUUCGGAAUUUGUUGGUGUCAAAAGAGUAACCAAAGUGGUAAGAUUUUGUGAAAAGGUUAAGAGUCAAAAGAGAAUGUAAUUUGUGUUCUGAAAAUUUCAAGAUGUUGGGCAGGAGCUUUCUGACUGCUGUUACAUAACACAGAUUAGUAUGACUGUUUAUCUUA